CUCCUCCCUCUCCUUUAACUCCUCUCUGAAGGUGCCUGAUCAGAUCAGUCGGUGUGAGACAGUGUGUGUGAGUCAGUCACGCAGAACAAUGGCGUCUUUGCACCUCCUGCUGCUCAGCACCGCACUGAUGCACAUCGCACAGUCUCUGCCUGUAGAUCGUGGACAUGGCCUGGAUGUCUCAGUGGGUGGGGCCAGACACCAGAGACGAAGCCUUCCAAGCCUGGUUACUUAUGAGGAGAAUUUGAUGUCGUAUCCCACUGGACAAGGAGGAGGUGUGGUCAUCAAGCCCCUCUAUAACCCACCAGAAUUCUGGAGGGGGAGUGGCUUACAGUACGAGAAAUUUCUCAGAAUUCAAGAGGAGAAGCAGAGAGCAGCUUACCUGAAGGCUUUGCUGCACUCCUUGAGUGAGGCUGAAAAUGCCGGAUUAGUGAACACACGUGAUGUGGAUGAGGAUGAAGAAGAGGAGGACCUGGAGGAGGACAGUGACCAAAGGCCACCAAGGGACUUCCAGGAUACAGUUCCAGUUGACUACGAUGAGACAGGUCUGGCCCGGAGCAUGGGCCGAUCCCGGCCCACCUGGUGGGGCCUCAUGGAGCCUCAGCUUGCUCAGGCCCUGUUGGACAGGCUGGAGCCCCAGUUGGCCCAGGCACUGCUGGAGAAGGCGUGGCAGGAGAGACUGCAGCAGUCUGGACGAGGACUCGACCAGGAGACUCUGAGACACCUGGUUGCUAGGCUACUGUCCAGCCUCGGUCCUAAUGAGGCAUCAGUGAUGCCUUCUGGUCGCCGCGUGAGGAGGGACCUGUCUGUCCUGGCAGGUGCAGCCACACCUGAACCUGUUGCAUCCAUCCACAGGAGAACCCGCCGUUCCCUUGACGAUACAAACUCACCACCACCAAGCAACAACCCCCCUCUGCUCAGGGUGAAGAGGCUGGAGGAGGAGGAAAGAGAGAGGGGAGUGGAGGAGAGCUACAGGAGCAAGCCCAGUGCUGGGCUGCAGAGGAUGAAACGCAUUGACGCCAUGGUAACAGCCGCAGAGGAGGAACCGAAUCACGGAAGCCGUCGGCGCCGGAGGAGAGCUGUCCUGACCUAUGACCCACAAAUCCUCAUAGAUCACAUUUUAGAAUACAUGAGGGAGUAGGAGGAGAGGAAAGGGAGGGGAGAGGAAAAGGGAGGAGG